AUGAAGGCUGUCACCCGCCGCCCAGUGCGGAUGCUAUCUAACAUGUCGCCGCCGCGUUAUCGAACCGCAAGAUACGUCAGCCGUACCAGCAAUGCGAAGUCAUCACUUUCCGCGACUCCUCCUACAAACGGCCUGUGGCAGCAGGUUCCUCCGUCUCCCAAAAAGGACACUCUAUCACCAUUAGCAAAGCUGCCUCUUUCCUCUGUUCUGCGAUCAUUAAUGAUCCUUUCUAUCUCCUCUUCCACGAUCUUGCUGAAGCCUUGUAUCUAUACACUUUCAAUCCUUGCGCAUCCCAAGACUCCUUUGCUGGAUGUUGCAAAGAACCCUCUUUUGAAUCUUCUCGUCAAACACACCCUCUACAAGCAGUUCAACGCCGGGGAAAACAAACUGGAAGUCCAGCGCUCUAUCCAGGGCAUCAAAAAGCUUGGAUAUCGUGGUGUUCUCCUUGGUUAUGCCCGGGAGGUUUUGGUUGGCGAAAGCAACACCGACCCCCACAACGAGAAGGCAGGACGACAGGAAAUCCAGAUGUGGCUGGAUGGAACGCUCCAGACCGUCGACAUGGCUCAGGAAGGUGAUUUUGUGGCCCUAAAGUUUACCGGAAUGGGUACCCAGGUACUUCAUUACCUGCAGCACAAGGAUGCCCCAUCGCCAUUUAUGGACCAGGCAAUCAAGCAAGUCUGUGACCUUGCCAUCUCACGCAAUGUGCGACUGCUGGUAGAUGCGGAAGAGCAGGCAGUGCAACCAGGAAUCGAAGAGUGGACCAUGAAGUACCAGAAGUACUGCAACUCCAGAACCCCUGGUCGGGCUGUUUUCUACAACACCUACCAAGCUUACCUGUGCUCGACCCCGAUCACGCUUGCCAGGCAUCUGGAGAUUUCCCGCCAGGAAGGUUACACCCUAGGUGUCAAGCUCGUCCGUGGAGCAUACUUGAAGACUGAACCUCGUCACUUGAUCUGGGCCAAGAAGGAAGAGACCGACUCAUGUUAUGAUGGUGUUGUGGAGGCGCUUCUGACCCGCAAGUAUAAUAAUAUGCUGAAAUCUGCUUCCACCGAGCAUACGACAGACCUUCCCCCAGUUAACGUCAUCAUCGCUACGCACAACCGGGAUUCCGUUCGCAAGGCACAUGCUCUUCGCCUUCAGCAAGCUAACCAGGGAGAAACCCUGGGUGUGGAUCUUAGCUAUGCUCAGCUGCAAGGAAUGGCAGAUGAGGUCAGCUGCGAGCUGUUGCAGGGAUUCCAGGACGCGGAGCCCUCUGCCAAACAAACCACAGAACCUCCAAACGUUUACAAGCUCCUCACAUGGGGCUCUGUCAAGGAAUGUAUGGGGUUCCUACUACGACGCGCUGUGGAGAACACGGAGGCAGUCAGUCGCACCAAGCAGUCGCAGGAAGCCAUGCUCGGCGAGUUGAAGCGCAGAACUCUUCACGCUGUCGGUCUUGGAAACUGA